AUUCCUGGGCUUGCCACUGUUGCAUAAGUUUUGUUACAAAGGUUUCUGUUUGGUUCUAAUGUAUCCCCCCUUUUUUUUCUUCUAAAAUAGACUCUGUCGAGAAGAAUUUCCAAUCCAUACCUUGAACAUACUCCUUCUCAGAUUUAUGGAGAGAAUUCUUCUUGUGCAGGAAGAGCAUUGAGGAAUAUUAUUAUCAUUCAGGCAGCUGACCUGAUAAAGGACAGAGUGAACCUCAAGGGGUUUUACAGGAGAAGCUGCGUUGGGUCAGAACUGGUUGACUGGCUUCUAGAGCACUGUCCUUUUGUCCAGUGCAGAUCUAUGGCCAUAGGAGUCUGGCAGCUGCUACUGGACAUGGGAAUUAUGUCAUCAGUGGACCAGCAUCUAUACUUUCAAGAUACUUACGUUUUCUACCAGUUUUCGUCCGAUGAAUGCAGCUACUUGUACUGUGAAUUUGAGAGAGGAGAAGAAUGGCAGAAUGGUGUCAGACUCCUGCUGCAGCUUGUGCCCCUCACUCCUGCGAGAGCUGGCAUCUGCGAACUGUCUCAUCAGAAAAUUGAAGACUCCGAAGAAAGCAGUGAGGAAAUUCUUGCCCGUCUAACAUCUGCGGUGCAGAGAGAGCUAGCAGCUGUUAUUGCUUUGAAAGCAAGGAAGUCUG